GAGUCACUGGUUCAUGUUUAUCGAUAGGCAAUGUUUUGGUCUUGUUUGUUUUGUGGCAUAAAAACGUAUUUUUCAUGCGGAUUUUAAGACAAUUUAAAAGCAUUCUAAGAUUGGCAAGUGUUGCACUACAUAAGUUAAUGGAUAGUUAAAUCGUCCAAGUGAAAGAGCGAGUUAGAGUGCAUUUGUGAUUGUUGUUACAGUGGGCGCACGUGUUGAUUAACUUGUUGUUGUUACACUUUUAGCGGUGCGUGGACAUACUAAAUCGGCGGCGAGUCAACGACUGUAAACAAUUCUCGUGGCUGUCGAAAAUGCAAAGCCCCAAAAGCGUGCGUAACGCGCAGACCCAACAUGGUGAUGUCUCAUCGGUGGACGUGGAGAAUAUAUUUUUGCACCGGUCCAUGCUGUUCACACAUCCGAUACUAGGAGCCAAUCAAGAUCAGUCUCCCGAAUGUGUUUGGUUUCCAGACGACACAGCCACUGAUCAAACAGCAAACACAGAAUCUCCCCAGAUUUUUGUAUCGAAGGACGAACUCGAGCUUGUAAAUUUGCCAGAAAAACGAAAGGCUGACACUUCAGAUGGCGAUAGCAAUGUGAAAAAAGCAAAGUUGGAUGCCAAUGGGCUUAGAACCAAGAGACCCGGUUUCAGUGACGAGAGAUACGAUGAGACGUCGUAUUAUUUUGAAAAUGGACUUAGAAAGGUGUAUCCCUAUUUUUUCACAUUCACGACGUUCGCCAAAGGUCGUUGGGUUGACGACAAAAUUCUGGAUGUAUUCGUCCGUGAAUUUCGUGCCGCUCCGCCCGAAGAAUAUGAGCGCAGUCUGGAGGCCGGAAAGUUGACGGUCAAUUACGAAAAGGUUCCCAAGGACUAUAAGAUCAAGCACAAUGAUCUGCUGGCCAAUGUCGUCCAUAGACACGAAGUCCCUGUUACUUCACAGCCCAUCAAGGUAGUAUACAUGGACAAGGACAUUGUGGUUGUAAACAAGCCGGCGUCCAUACCAGUACACCCUUGUGGACGGUACAGGCAUAAUACUGUGGUUUUCAUCCUGGCCAAGGAGCACAAUCUGAAGAACCUGCGCACAAUACACAGGUUGGAUCGGCUGACAUCUGGUCUGCUUUUGUUCGGACGCACUGCCGAAAAAGCCCGGGAAUUGGAGCUGCAAAUUCGAACUAGACAAGUGCAGAAGGAGUAUGUGUGCCGGGUGGAGGGACGCUUUCCAGAUGGAAUCGUUGAAUGCCAUGAGAAAAUCGACGUGGUGAGCUACAAAAUCGGUGUUUGUAAGGUUUCGCCGAAGGGCAAGGAAUGUAAAACCACGUUUCAACGAAUUGGUGAAAUAGGUGAUGAUAGCAUUGUUUUAUGCAAACCACUUACAGGACGAAUGCACCAAAUUAGGGUACAUUUACAAUUUUUGGGUUAUCCCAUAUCAAAUGAUCCUUUGUACAAUCACGAAGUUUUUGGUCCUCUAAAAGGAAGAGGAGGAGACAUCGGUGGAAUAAGCGAAGAACAGUUGAUCAAUAACCUAAUUAGCAUUCACAACGCCGAAAAUUGGUUAGGACUUGAAGGAGAACAGGUCGCGGAAGUUAAAGGCGAAGUAAAAAGUACUUUAGAAGUGGAAGUACCAGUCGACAUUAAAGCUAAGCCUGAGAUUUUACCACCAAAAAAUGGAUCAAUAAGUGAAGUUGCCACGCAAACUUGCUAUGAAGAACCGGACAGGUCCUUUGAUUCUAAAAAGGCAACUUCAGAUCCUCAUUGUUCUGAGUGUAAAAUCAACUACAGAGACCCCGGCCCAAAAGACCUGAUAAUGUACUUGCAUGCUUGGAAAUACAAGGGGGUCGAUUGGGAGUACGAAACAGAACUGCCCGACUGGGCCUGUCAAUCAACUAUUAACUACGAUCUGUUGUGAAUCAUUGUUUCCCCUUUUUAAGAAAUAAAGAACUUUCAAUUCAUAAAGGUUCUAGUCUUGUAUUGUACUUCAAAUUGAUAUCGUUGACUUAUUUGUCUAAAUUAAUGUGUUUUAAAAAUGUUUGUUCUGUGUAGCCUUUUGCUAACUUUACCAUUAACUCUUCAAAAUGAUCAGUUUCAAAAUAACUCAGUCUUAAAUAUUAAUCCAAAACUGCUUUAUCUUUGUUUUGGUCAUAAGGAUGUGCUUGUCGAGUAUUAUUUUUCUUUGUGCAAUACGUGUCCCAGGAUGACAAAUAUUUUGGAUUAUUUAAUGCGAGAACUUGAUUUCACGUACCUACCUACCAUUGUUUCGAUUGAUUGCAGAAAAUAUUCAAAACAUUGCUUGAAAAACCAAGUUGUGCAAUAUCCGAAAUGGAUUCUCAUUGACAAAAAUGGACUAAUCAAAUCUCUUCAUAACUCAAAAAGUCUCAAUGACUCGUUACGCAAAUAUAGCAUUUCAAAAAGCAAUUUAGCGUUAGCAAAUCAAAUGUCGAAUGGUGCGUUUAUGCAAACUAAGAAAGACGAAGGUUGCAAACCUGGAAAAGUCUUUAGACUAAACUCAAAAACCUUUUACUCCCAUAUCAACAAUGGAACCUUCUUUGUUAAAUUAUAUUCACCAAGUUGUAUUUCGUGUAUCGUCUUAUUUGCAAUUUGGAAGGAGCUCGCCUUGGAGUUAGUGAAUGAAACCAAAGUUUGCAUUGCCGAAUAUGAUUGUACAACUGGCAUGGAAAUUUGCAAUAAUUUGGAAAUCACUCGUGUCCCUUCGUUAAUUUGGUUUAAAAAUGGAGAAAGUGUUGAAAAGUACAAAGGAAACCGAGACAAUAAAGGGCUACGACAUUUUGUUUCCAAUAGGAUUGCG